CAGCAGAGGCAGGGCUGCUUUAUCUCCCCCCGAAGCAAGAGGGUGGUAAAUGGGGUCUGUGUUUUCCCCAGUGCAUGGAUUUCAAGGUGGCUGCUUCUCUUCCCUGUGGUUGGCAUGCGGUUACAGAAUCCUGUGGCCUCUGGCUGGGGCUGGGCUGAUGCUACCGGCUCAGCAAGGAACACCCACGCUAUGUCCCCUUUGUGUCCCUUUUCUAGAGGAGCUACGCCAGCGGGGCUUGCAGGAGUGGCUGGCGUCGCUGUCUUUCGAUAACCCUGAUUGUCCUGACGUGCAGCUGACCAUGGGGGCAGUGAUUGUGGAAGAAAUUAGAGUGGCUGUCGAAGAAGCCACUGGAUUCAGGUGUUCAGCUGGCAUCUCGCACAACAAGACACUGGCAAAACUGGCCUGUGGGUUAAACAAGCCCAACCGCCAGACACUGGUGUCGGCACGAUUUGUGCCGCAGCUCUUCAGCCAACUGCCCGUCAGCAGCAUCCGUAACCUUGGAGGCAAGCUUGGCACUGCUAUCACAGACAUCCUGGGAGUAGAGUACAUCGGGCAGCUGACACAGUUCAAUGAGGCUGAACUCCAGACUCACUUUGGAGACAAAACUGGGUCCUGGCUCUAUGACUUGUGCAGAGGAAUUGAAGAGGAACCCGUCAAAAACCGGUACCUGCCCCAGUCAAUUGGCUGCAGCAAGAAUUUCCCUGGGAGGGCAGCCCUGGCCACACAGAAGGCGGUGCAACACUGGCUCCUGCAGCUGGCCUUGGAGCUGGAAUCCAGACUGAACAAGGACAGGAGCCAGAACCACCGCGUGGCCCGGCAGCUGAUGGUGGUCAUCCGCCAGCAAGGGGACACUCGCGUGUCGCGCCUCUGCGCCCUGUCCCGCUACGACGCACAGAAAAUUUGCAACGACGCCUUCACCCUCAUCCAAAACUGCAAUGCGGCUGGGGUGCACCAGGCAGCAUGGUCUCCACCACUGAUAUCAGUGCAUCUCUCAGCAAGCAAGUUCUCGGAGCCCGCCACCCUCUCUGCAGGCAUCGCCACCUUCCUGAUGGGUGAUACCCAGCCUGAUGGCACUGCCACCACGAGCCAAAACACCACAUCUUCUUCUGGGAGGGCCAGGGUCAAGUUCUUUAGAAGCCCUAGCAAAGAGCUUAAGCAGAAGCCAGCUAAUGCUAUUGAGUCAUUCUUCCAAAAGGCAGCAGAACGACAGCCAUCACAAGCAGCAGCAACCGGCUUGUCCACUGCUACCACUGCAGAGUCAUCUGUGCCCAGCUCCCCAGAGCACCAGGAGAGAGCUGGUGUCAGACUUGCCUCUGUGCAGUGUGAGCUGGAGUCCCCUGUGAAGCAGAGUCCCAGCGGUGCCAGCCCUACUUCUCCUUACAGGAGGCUUCCUUGUGAGAAGCUGCCAUCAGAUGCUAUACAAACACCCUCAACUCCACCCAGCUCCAGGACCCUUCUGAAAUUACAGCCAACUGUGGAGGGAAAUGAACAGAAUUUGCCACCCUCUCCUGAGCUUGUCUCACUGCCUCCUGCCUCGCCAGGAGACCAGCAGUGCUGUGAAAAGUGUGGCCAGCUUGUGCUGGUGUGGGAAUUCCCAGAGCACAUGGACUACCACUUUGCUCUGGAGUUGCAAAGUUCCUUUCUGAAGCCCAGUGCUCCCAUGGCUCCAGCAGCAGCUCCCACCCCACAGGCUGAAGGUUCCAGGUCUCCUACCAAGGCGAAGAACAAGCCCAAAACUCCAGCAGCAUCUAGUGCAAAACGACCCAAAGAAGGUGUGACAAGAACUUUAGAUUUUUUCUUUAAGCGCUUACCUCCAUAACUCCCAGCCAAAUGGGCUGUUUUUAAAGAAUCAGUGCUUUUAAGGAAUUGGUGCUUUUAAAGGAUCAGUGUUUUCAAAUAAUUGGUGUUUUUAAUCAUGGUUAAAAGUUUUUAUACUGCCUGUCAAGUUUUAAUGCAGAAAAAUCUAAUAAAUUAUCUGUACCCCGCGUCUAA